GCGGUACUUAAAUUACCCACAAUCCAUGGCUCUUCCUUUCUGUCUGAUCCAACAUGGUGAGUGUACGGAUAUUUCAUUUGGGGGAAUAUCUAGAUGUUUUCAUCCAUCAGCAUCUUCUCUCUAAAGCUAUAAUAUCUGCUAAAAGUUAUAGUACUGUGGCAUACAUAACCCAAGCAUCAAUUUGAUCUUUGUAUGGUGUGAUAUUUCUUUGUUUUUAUCGGAGAUCUCAUGAAUUGACGGUGAUACUGCCGGUGGAAGUAAUCCACACCGGAACGCUCCUAGUACAGCGUGUUUUGAUUUUAAUGUUUUCAGUGUCCUUACUACUUUGUGUGCUGCUGAAUUAGUGUAUGCACGUAUAAAUGACUUUGCGCUUGUGGCGGGUGGUGUACGUUGUAAAAGACUAAACGGACAACCAAGUUGUAGGCCUGACCUCGCUUCAGCCCGUUUAGCUAACUACGGUGUCAUUUGACUGCGCAGUCAAUUCACAUAGACAAGGGAAACUGACGUUGUCUGUAGAGGUGGACAUUAAAUUGUCAAUUGUAUGUUUUGUGAACUCUUGUAUUCCUGUUGAUAACUAACGAGUGAUAUAGCUAGUUAGCUAACUUGGAUAACUAGGUAGCCAUAACUAACCACAACUCGCAGUAACGUUUGUUGGUUAGCAAACUUACAUGUCACGAUGAGUAGCUUCCAUGUUACUUUUAGUUAAUCACAGAACGGUCUUUAUUUCUGUUUUUGGAAAUGAAUCUUUGCAUUUAUUAAACUGAAUAUUUUAUGUGGCUUGAAAACACGCUUAUUAACCCUGAGCUAAAGCCACACAAUUGUGGAAAUCUCUUUGAACAAAGUGUCAUGUAUGCUGAUCAGUCUACUUCUUCUGACAGCCUAAAGGCAAGAAGUCUAAGGGGAAGAAGGUGGCACCAGCCCCUUCUGUGGCCAAAAAGCAUGAGGCCAAGAAAGUGGUCAACCCCCUGUUCGAGAAGAGGCCAAAGAACUAUGGCAUUGGUGAGUAAAGUGAACCUGAUAGGAUUUGUAUUUGAUUUCCAGUAACUGUUCUGUCUUGCCUGUGCAGAUGAUGUAAAGAAUAUUUGCUAUCUUAUCAACAAUGCAGACAACCCACCAAGAUCGCUGAUGCACUUUUUCCAUGACUAUAGUGGCUUCUGACUUUUCUGAUUACACAGUACUGAUUGGAUGCACUAUUCUCCUGUGUUUGUUGAUAGGUCAGGACAUCCAGCCAAAGCGUGAUCUGACACGCUUUGUGAAAUGGCCCCGCUAUAUUCGCCUGCAAAGGCAGCGCUCCAUCCUGUACAAGCGUCUGAAGGUCCCCCCUGCGAUCAACCAGUUCACCCAGGCACUGGACCGUCAGACCGGUAAGUCUCAGUGCAUGCGUUUAUCAAUUCUGCUGUGUUGAUUCUUGUAGCGUUUUGUUUCUGGGUCCUGAAUAUGGAUUGUCUUGUGGGGUAUUUUGCAAAUGAUGUGAAUAAUAUUUGCUAUCUGAACAGCAAUGUUGACAUCCCACCAAGAUCACUGAUGCACCUUACUUGAAAGACCCUCAAGUUACCCUUGUUGAUCUCUAACUUUAUACAUCUUGAGUUGCAGAUCAUGUUUUCUGCUGUGUCCCAGAGCCAAUGAAUGUACUAAUUUUCUAUUUCCCUCUCAGCCACACAGCUAUUCAAGCUGGCCCACAAGUACAGGCCGGAGACCAAGCAGGAGAAGAAGCAGAGGCUGCUGGCCCGCGCUGAACAGAAGGCCGCUGGAAAGGGAGACACCCCAACCAAGAGGCCACCUGUUCUCCGUGCAGGUGAGCCAUGAGGGGUUGAGCACUUUUUUUAAAUGACUGACUUUGGCCUUGAUGCAAUGAUGUUUGAAUUUCUUCACCUGAAACAAUCAUGUAGUUUUAUUGAGCUUUUUAACCCUGAGCAUAAGCCAUGAGUAUUGUCUGACUAUUUCAACAGAACUCAAGGUUGAAUGUGGGUUUGAUAUCAAUGUUGAAUUUUCCCAUAGGUGUGAACACUGUCACCACUCUGGUAGAAAGCAAGAAGGCACAGCUGGUGGUCAUUGCCCACGAUGUGGACCCUAUUGAGGUAAGACAACUCACCUUUGAUUUGUGUCUUGCCGUAUGGGUUAGCUUUUGCAGGCUCGAUCACUACUCGUGGGCAUAUGUGGUCAUUUGCAAUGAUGCUUGGAUUUCUUCACCUGAAUCCUCUAUGUGGAUCAAAACAUACGAGCUUUUUAAUUCUGAGCUAAGAUCACUGCCCUGUAUUGUAGUUGUGAAGAGAAGGCACACCCAGAAAUGUCUUGACCAUACAUAUUCAUACUUGUCAUUUUCUUGUCUCCUCUGUAGCUGGUGGUGUUCCUGCCCGCUCUGUGUCGCAAGAUGGGCGUCCCUUACUGCAUUGUCAAGGGCAAGGCCAGGCUGGGAAGACUAGUGCACAGAAAGACCUGCACUUCAGUCGCCUUCACACAGACUAACCCGUAAGUAACAGGUGGCAAAGCAAAACAUUUUUUAGUGGUGUUGAUGCACUGAGGCCUACCUCUAGGAAGUUGAGCUUUUUUAAAUCUAUAAAAAUCCUUUUGGCAAUGAUGUAUGAAUUUCUUCAACUGAACAACCAUGUGGCUUUAUGAGCUUUUUAACCCUGAGCCAAAGGUUUACAUGCAGUUCACCUGGAUCUCAAGUGCACUUUGACGAUGCACUGAUGACAUGUUCCUACCUUUUCAGUGAAGACAAAGGUGCCCUUGCCAAGCUGGUGGAAGCCAUCAAGACCAACUACAAUGACCGAUAUGAGGAGGUGAGUGGCCAGUCUGAUCAGCUGUUUUGUCAAUUGACUAGUAGUCAAGCCACAAUGUUUCUGGGUCCUGAAGAUGGCUGGAUUAUCUUGUGGGUUCAUAUUUGGCUUUUGCAGACGUGAAAUAAUAUUUGCUGUCUUAACUGAUGCAAUUUGCUUGAAAGACCCUUUACACCAACCUUUUACAUAACUUGAGAGGAUCUAGCUUAAGGCACAUGAGUCACAACAUUGCCUCUGUCUUCUACUUUGUCUCCCUGAACUGACUUAAUUAAAAACCCAUGCCCCCCUACUGAAUUAAUGCAUGACAAUGUGCUUCCUCUUCUAGAUCCGUCGUCAUUGGGGAGGUGGUAUCAUGGGCCCCAAGUCCACAGCCCGUAUCGCUAAGCUGGAGAAGGCUAAGGCCAAGGAACUGGCCACCAAGCUCGGAUAAACUGUUUGAUAUGAAAAUAAAUGUCCCCCCCAAAAUGUUGUUUUUUCAUUUGUACCAUCAGAUAUAACUCUUAACUGUUUUGCACGUUACAAUCUUUGAAACUGGAUAUCAUUGUGCUGAUCACAUCCCAGAGUUUAAAAUAUCAAUGCCAGCUACACUUUGCAUGGGUAUUUUCUGUAUGUGUAUUGAAUCUAAAACACCAUGCAACACUCCAUAUCGGUGCCAAUCACUCAUGUUUCUAACAUUGGUAUGAUAUUUCUGAUUGUGUUUAAGAGCGUUGUGCCAUUAACCUUAAAGGUCGCUGGUUCUAAUUCCCUAGCCGACGAGGUGAAAAAUCUGUCGACGUGCC